GUUGUAGUUAGUAGUAUUCUAUGGCGGGAGACGGAGGGUCACCGUGCUGUUUGGAGGUUUCCUGCAGUUUUCAGGCGAUGUGACUCCAGUUUUGGUUUGUUUUUGUGAAUGAGGAGCACAUGUGGUCCGGACGCUUCCUGAGGGUAGCAGCAAGUCUCCUACAGGGGACAAGAUGUGCCCCCAGACAAUGGCAGCUUCACACCAACAGAACUAUAUCCUGCCUCCAGGUGCCACACCGUUCAGUGCUGCAGAAUCCAGCAAAAAUACCUUCUUGGCAUAAUCUGUACGAUGGAUCAAAGCACUCACCCUUGGUUGUUUUGUGCAGGACAUUGAAAAAAGACACAAAGUCCACAAUAGACAUCUUUUCCACUCCUGUCACAGUGACUGACAUCAAGCAGUACCUAAAGUCUAAGGGUGUCCCCUUCUAUGAUGGCUAUAGCUGCUUACACGCACCCAGCAUUUUUUUGGAGAAAAAAUCCGAUGUCCUUGAAGGUGGUGGGAAAGAGAGCUACAAUAUGUUCAUUGACAAAACCACUGGCCAGUUUCUCUGUAAAGAGACCCUGGUGGAAGGCAGCUGGGAGGACCUGCAGGACUGUCUGGAAGUAUUGCAGAAAGAUGAGCAGACGCACAUCAGCCCUGAUGUGCUGCUGAGCUACUCUGAAUCUGUAGAGGAACAGGAGGAGAGGCAGAUGGAGCUGAAGGAGGUGCAGAGGAUAUGGAGCAGCUCUGUGACUUUAUCGGAUCUUCUCGAGGAGGAGACACAGCUUAUCAAAACCAUGUUUCAGUUGAAUAAGCUCACCAACGCCACCCUGAAGAAGUUUGGGGUGAGGUUCUUCAAGCCAACCAAAAGCCUGGUGUUUCCCUGGUUUAGUGGGCGGGACUCAAGUCUCCGUGGCGUAAAGCUAUUGUCUGCUUCCACUAAUGAAGAUGGGCAGGUUGUUUAUACAGAAGCUACAGUUCCUAAGUCAUCCAACUACCACAACCUCUUUGGGCUCCCUUUAGUGGGAUGGAAGGAUACAGAAGUUGUGCUUACCGGAAGUGAAAUUGACAGCAUGGCAGUAAGUCAAGCCACUGGUCUGCCUACUUUAGCCUUACCUCGUGGAGUCAGCUGCCUGCCUCCGGUCCUCCUUCCAUACCUGGAGCAGUUCAAGAAGGUCACACUGUGGCUAGGAGGAGAUAUGCGCUCCUGGGAGGCUUCAAAAAUAUUUUCACGGAAGCUCGGACUGAAGCGUUGCGCUCUUGUGCGCCCAGGGGAAUUUCAGCCAUGUCCUAAGGAGGCACUGGUCCAUGGUAGGAACCUUUUACGAAUUGUAAAGGCCUCCAUCCCUGCUGCCCACAAGUCCAUAGUGUCUUUUAAACAGCUUAGGGAGGAUGUGUAUGGAGAGCUGGCUAAUAUGGAGCAAGUAGCUGGAAUGAAGUGGACUCGAUUUCCUGAACUUACUCGAAUUUUGAAGGGCCAUCGUAAUGGGGAACUAACGGUUUUCACAGGUCCCACUGGCAGUGGGAAAACUACUUUCAUCAGCGAGUACGCUCUUGAUCUGUGCAUGCAGGGGGUAAACACGCUAUGGGGCAGCUUUGAGAUUAAGAACGUGCGCUUGGCCAGAAUCAUGCUGACCCAAUUUGCUAUGCAAAGGCUGGAGGAGAACCUGGACCAGUAUGACUCCUGGGCUGACAAAUUUGAGGAGCUUCCACUUUACUUCAUGACCUUCCAUGGUCAACAGAACAUUAAGACAGUGUUGGACACCAUGCAGCAUGCUGUCUACCUCUAUGACAUCAGCCAUGUGGUCAUUGACAACCUGCAGUUCAUGAUGGGUCAAGAGAAUCUGUCUGUUGACAAGUUUGCUGUACAAGACCACAUUAUUGGAGCUUUCAGAAAGUUUGCAACAAACAGUAGCUGCCAUGUAACCCUGAUCAUCCACCCUAGGAAAGAGGAGGAUGACAAGGAACUACAGACAGCAUCUAUCUUUGGUUCGGCUAAGGCAAGUCAGGAGGCCGACAACGUGCUCAUUCUUCAGGAAAAGAAACUGGUGACAUGUCCAGGCCGCAGAUCCAUGCAGGUGGCCAAGAACCGGUUUGAUGGUGAUGUUGGUGUGUUUGCACUGGAGUUCAACAAGACCACACUUACUUUCUCGUCCCCAGUCAAAGGUAAGCAGAAAUUGCGCAAGGUCAAAGUGGACAAGACGGAGGACCCGGAGCAAACAGUUGAGACGGAAGCCAAAGAGAAAGUCCUGAAGCCUGCCAAAGCUCCUAAAGCCUCAAAGAGUGUGAAGGGACCAUCAGCUGGCAAGAGUAAAGAGGAUGAAGAGGGGAAGAAACUGUAGACAAGAUAAAAAGGAUGUUUGUAUAGUCAAUAAUACACUGUGAAUGCAAGUGUUACAUUUGGGUCUCGAUCUAAAUGCUUUAUCUGCUAAUAGCGGGUAUACUGCUACUGAAUCUGUAAAACCUUAAUGAGUAGGUUUCAUUGUGAAUAAUGAAAUGAAUGAAGAAGUUGUGUGAUGGUAACUGAACUGUAGAUAGUGUUGAAAAAGACUGCUGCUUGUGUUGAGAUAUUCACACACACAUUUGCUUGUCACACAGUAUCCUGAACGGUAUUGGCAUUGGUAAUGGCAGUGUAUGCACUUAAGGACUCAAGCCAGAUCUCUUUUGCAGAGACCUAGCAUGGAUUAUUAUCCACUACUGUGGACACAUAUUUAGAAGUGUCUAAAACCCAUUUCUUAUUAUUGUUAAAUACAUUUAACAGUAUGUACUUAUAGGCACAAUAUUUUGAACUUAUGUCUUUAUGUAAAAAAUCAUAUAUUAAUAUGUAUUUGUACUGUUAAUAAAAACCUUAUUAUAAAACUUU